UCGAGUAGAUAAUGUUUUACCGUUUAUGUGUGAGCGACAGAAUCUGCAAUCAUUAUUUUGUCGCCUUUCAUUCGAGCAAAUUGAUUUAAAGCACGAAACAAAGCCGGGGCCUACAAUUUUUACAAAUCAACUUUGAACGAUCACAAUCAGUAUUUUGUGAGACACCAUCAGCGCAAGAUCUUUUAUUCGGCUCAUCAUUUUUACAUUCAUACAUCGAUUUGUGUCGCACACGUCGUCCAAUUAGAAAUUUGGCGAAUAAAUCGAGAAAAAUACGUUCUGAAAAUAGAUAGCAAAAAUCAACAUUGUGAAUAAAAUAGAAGAAGGAAGUGUUUUUGAUCAAAUUUCCUAGACACAUCCGUCCAGUUACUUAAAAGAAUCGUUUUUUUUUUAAUUUAAAUUGUUCUACUUCGCAAAGCAUCGGAACUAAAUUCAGUUGGUUGAAAUUAAAGUUGGCAAAAAGUUUUAUUCAAAUAUUCUUAAUCAACGAACCGUGAUCCAAUUUCGCAAAGCCAAGUGAUCCGAGAUCCAGCAAAUAGAAGCGUUGGAAACAAAUUGAAAUUUUACGACGUCAUCGCAUUAAAAAGCACUUUGUUCAGUUUAGUCUCGUUCUCGCUCUAUUUCGGAUUCAUCAUUUUAUUCGGACAUUUUUCUUGUAUUCACUCCUUUGCGCGCGCGCAUGCUAUAUUUUGAAUGUUUUAAUGGAAUUUUAUUGAUAAAUUACUUUAAUAAUAGUCGAAUGGAAAAGACGGUGUACAACUGAAUACUGGCAUUAUCAGCGUUGAAACGCUGAUUUUUUUUUCGAUUUCGGUAAAAAAAAACAAUAACACACUACAUAUAAACACAAAGUGAAGAAAAGAAAGUGUAAAUACCGUGAUCAGUUUUGACGAGGAAGAUUUGGAAUAGUGACUUGAUUUUAGAAACAACAAAUUUUUGGCUAGCAACAUGGGGGAGGAAAAAAUAGAGGAAACAACAAAACUUAAGGAAAAAGAAAUAUCAACAGAGGACGAAAUUGAAAAGCCUGAACUUACAAAAUUUAGCGAAUUCUGUCAGCGUCAUGGCAUUAAUUCCAACCUAAUUAUGCUGAAAAUUACAUUAUUCGUUAUGUAUGGAGCUACAUCAUCACUUCUACCAUAUCUAACAAUUCACAUGCAAAGUAUAGGCUUAACAAUUGAAGAAAUCGCCAUAAUUUAUUUAGCACUGCCGUUUACGACGUUUUUAAGCCCUCCGCUUACAGGUUUUUUGGUGGAUAAGUUUGGCAAGUACAAACCAGUCGUAGUUAUGAGUUUACUGCUAAAUGCAGUUUUUCAUCAUUCAUUGAUGAUGAUACCACAACAAGAAAUACCCGGUGCUGUGCCGAAAGCUUAUGUCAUGAAGCAUCCGAUGACAAACGCUGUUGAGGUCUGGUGGUCACCAUGUCCAAGUCGCGAGUGUCCAGAAGAGGAAGGAAUUGAUAUUGUUGUUGAUCAGUGUUUAGAUCAUUGUUUAUUGCUCGAACAAAAUCCGAAAAUUGAAAUAAUUGCACCGCCAACAAAAAGCCCGAUGCGACCACCGGUUACAGAAGAUAAUGGAGACAUUGACGAUCUUAACUUCCAUUUGAGCAAACAUAAGCAUAAAGACAUCAAAGGUCAUUAUUCAUCAACAACAACGUACUCAUCAACUACAGAACCGCCGACGACGACGAGUAAACUAAAUGAAACGCUUGAGAAUCAAAAUGUAACGAGUGAAGAAGAAGGAGGUUGGGUGCUAGCAGAUGCAGAUGAUGCGGCACAUUUUCUACUUGACCUGCAUCCGUAUCUUGGUCCUCCAAAAGAAAAUCUUGGUAUUGUUGUCGAACAAGACGAUAACGAAACGGUGACUGACUUCAAAACCAGAUUCGGUGAAAAAUUGCUCUGGGACAAUUUUGUAAAUGUGACUGAACUUGAAGAAGGUGAUCUACGAUGUGGCGGUUUGGUUGUAUUAACAAAUAUGUCCGGCAUCAGUAAUAAUCGUUUGAAUGAGUUGGCGGCCGAUUGUAUGGUUCAAGAAUGUGCGUUUAGACAUGGUGGCCCCGAGAUGUGUCCUCCCGAUUACAUUGAAAGUGAUGACAGCGUAUUUUGGAUUUACUUCUUUUUGAGGUUUUUGGCCACAACCAUGUUAUCAGCUGGUGUAACGAUAAUGGAUCCAAUUGCCUUGACAAUGAUUGAAAAAUAUGGCGGUGAUUUUGGUCGAGAGCGUUUGUUUUCAAGUUUUGGCAUGGCCAUUUUUUCACCGAUUACCGGUUUACUGAUCGAUCAAACAUCACGCGGCCUAGGUUACACUGACUAUUCGGCAGCAUUUUACACAUACGACAUUCUACUAAUUAUAUCAACAAUUACUGUUAUCCUAAUGCCAAUUGGCGAAAAACUACCGGCCGACAAUGUAUUCCGGGAUCUAUUCAACUUAUUGAAAUUGCCACAUGUGAUGACAUUCAUUUUGUUCCUCUUUUUCCUCGGUAACUUUUGGGGCUUUAUUGAAAGCUUUUUAUUCCUGUAUCUCAAAGAAUUGGGCGCACCAAAUUAUUUGCUUGGCAUCACUAUAACUGUCGGUACGGUUAGCAGCAUUCCAUUUUUGUACAGUGCGGAGAAAAUCACACGAGCCUUUGGUCAUGUUAAUUUAAUCAUCGUCGCAUUCUUUUCACACGCUGCUCGACUUGUCGGAUAUUCAUUUAUCGAAGAUGCAUGGUGGUGUUUCCCAUUCGAAGCGAUGGAAUCGCUAUCGUGCCAUUUGAUGUGGGUUGCGGCUGCUACUUAUUGUGCAAUACUAGCGCCAAAAGGUCUUUUGGCCACAUUGAUCGGUGUAUUGGGAAUGGCUCAUUUCAGUUUGGGUCGUGGCAGUGGUUCGUUCUUUGGUGGUUUUCUUAUUGGAAAUGUCGGCACUAGAGAAGCAUUCCGAUAUAUGGGAUUGAUGGCCGUUGUUGGUGGUGUUUUGUAUUAUGGGCUACAUUUGGCGUACUUGAAGAAAUUCGAUAUGAUCGAUGAAAAGGACGAUGAACCGGCCGAAAAUGGCGAAGCAGACAAGCUCACCGAACCAAAAACACGCGAUCAGGGAACAUCUAUGUCACAAGAGCGACUCAGUUUAUGGGUGAAAUACAAUCAAAUCGGAAGUUUGGCAUCGUUGCCACGAGGAUCAAAGGCGGAUAUUCAUGAGCAUUUGUCGCAACGUCGCAGUAGCUACAACAUUGAAUACGGCCGAAAUCGAACCGGUGGAAGUGCAUCAAAAGUAGAUUUAUUACGAUCAGCAUUGGAAAUAAAUCAUAAAACAUCAAAUACAUCAGUGGCCAGCCGAACAGAUCGAACAUCAAAUCAAUCUUUAAAUCGUUAUCGUGCCGACUCGGCUCCAAAGCUCAAUCUUAGCAGUCCGAAAUCAUUACAAAUCCCAAGUGAUCCCGUCUUAGAGGGAGUUGAAUCGAAUUUUGUGCGAUAUGAUCGUUUCAAAUACCGUAGCCGAGCACAAUUGCAGAUGAUUCCGGCGGACGAGCCGAUGACAACAGCAAUUAAUUUUGAUGCGGAUGACGAACGCCGUGAUUCGAUACCAGAAGAGCCAGAGAGUCAAACAAAUCAUAUGAACCAAACGAAACCAACGCCAAUGGUUGAAGAACGCAAAAUUGUCGCUUAUGAACGAAGUCAUUCAUUGGUCGAACCAUUAGAAAACAAUCGAACAAAUCACUUUAGCGAAAUACCUAACAAACAGUUUUCUUGAAAUUACACUUAUUUUGGAUUUUUUAUGAGAGAAAGAGAUGGAGAAAUGAGAAACGAAACACAAUAUCCUAGUAAUUUUAUUUGUAAUAAUUUUAUUAAUAGUCAGUUUAAAAGUAUUCGAUAAUUUGUUUCUGUUUUUUUGGGUGGUUUAAACACAAAAUGUUAUUGAAAAAAUCGUUUAUAUUCUUUUGUAAGAGCGCAAUUCGCUAGAAGUGGGAGUAUUCAAGCGAAUUUUUCGAAAGUAUUGAAAUCAAAUUAAUUAUUAAAUAAUUUUUUUUCUUUUAUUUUAUAUACACACUAACAUUUAGAUAAAAACAAAGUAAAAUAAAUUUUUCAGUUUUUGUGUGUGGCGUAGAAAAAGUUCCAUGCUACUGUAUUGAAUAAGCUGGUUAUAAGUUUUGUUUGAAAUAAAAGUGAAAAUUGUAGCGAUCGAAA